AUGAAUGGUCCAGAAAUGUUCAUCACCGAGGAGAUCAGUGCGGAGUUCAGAGAAUCGUUGCUUGCUAGGGUUGGGUUGAUGGGCGUUGUUUUCUUAAGAACACUGCCCCCGAAGUCUUCUGAUGAUAAGGAAACUGAGUUUUCCUUCAAGGUUGAAGGCACAGCUGGUGUUAAGAGGUUUGUUAUGCAAAACUCUCAUGUGAGCAGCCUUGGGAAUGGUUUGUUUCAUGUGAAGACAGCACCUUCAAAUGAGCCUAUACCUAUUAUUAAGUACAGUUUGCUGCCGCGUUUAACUCCAUUGCCUUUGAGGAUUCGACUUGUUAAGCGUCUUAGUGGGACAUUACUUUCUGUAAUGCUGCAGUACGUUGCAAAUCCUGAUCUUCCAGUUCCAUUAACCAAUAUAACCUUUGUCCUGAAAUUGCCAGUAGACCCCACAUUACUGAAAGUUACACCCAAAGCUGUAUUGAACCGGUCUGAGAGAGAACUGAAAUGGCAUGUUGAUGAGAUCCCACUCAAGGGUCAUCCUGGUAAGCUGAGGGCGAGGUUCCCUGUAGAUAUUAAUGAUGAUGAUGGUGGGGAAGAGCUAGUGCUUUUUGGUUACGUAAAGUUUUCAUCCCCUAGAUCUUUGUCUGGCAUUUCUCUCCAGCCAGCUAUAGAGGGAAAAACCGAUUUUUAUGAGGUUGAUCACAGGUAUUCAAGUGGAGUUUACACAUGCUAUUAAGCAUCAAAGAUUUUUUAUUUGAUGGUUUCAAAAUUGUGUUUUUUGCUUUCUAUCUUCUCGACAUGGUAUGAGAUGUCAAAGUAUUUGCAGCUUUCUUUGAAUGUACUAGAAUGUAAUCUAGGUGAUCUGUUCUUUUGAGGAAUUCUUGUGUUUAAAUCUUCUCAAUCGUUCUCUUUAUGUAAUGGGACAAAACAUUUUGAUAUCUGAUGUAUGUGGUCCAAAUAAAAUGUUUUGUUUUCUGGGUCUUAA